AUGGCCAGGAGCCCGAGGGGUCCAAUCCGUCGGCGGCGGCCUGCGCAGGCUGCUCGCCGUGAAGACCGGAUCAGCGCCCUCCCCGACGACCUCCUCCUCCUCCUCCUGCGCAAGAUCGACACCCACGCGGCACUCGGCGCCGGGACGCUCUCUAGGCGCUGGGCCCACCUCCCCCGCCAGCUCCCCGACCUCGACUUCAGGGUCGGCGACAUACUCUCGCCGCGCUAUCACAAAUGGCUCUUCGUCGGCAACGGAUCUCCGUUAGAGUACGGACGCCACACCAUGGAGAAGGAGAUCAGGCCUAACAUCCGGCGGUUCGAGCGCCGCGCCAUGCGCUCCUUGGUCAGAUCCGUCGAGAGCUUCUUGGACGCUGGCCAUGACGGACGGCGGGUGAACAGGCUGAGGCUCGAGUUCUUCACCACCCACAACACCGCCUGCAUCAACCGUCUCCUGGCCAAGGCCAUCGAUGUUUGGGGGGCCGUUUCUCUCGAGGCUGUUGCCAAGCCAAUUCACCGGGGACGGGAAGUCCACGUUUUUCCCAGCCAUGGCCUCUGUGUGGAACCCCGCGCGUCACGCCUGCGAAGCCUCAAGCUUGGAGGCUGCGUGCUGCCGCCCCUGCACGAGUACAGCUCACUCAGUACCCUCGUCCUGCAAGACAUGCCAGGAUCGACACCAGGGGCAGCCUAUGAGGGCGUCUUCACCUCGUGCCCGCAGCUGCAGGUGCUGCAUCUCAUCUCCUGUCAGAGCGGAGACCAAAUCAUCGUGGACGCCCCCAGGUCACAGAUAAGGGAGCUGGUUCUGGACAAGUGCGAGUUCAUGCGGUUAUGCAUGAGGGCUCUUCCCUAUCUCGAGAGGCUAGCCUCUCUGGGAACAAGAGUGUUGUUUGAGUCCGCUUCAUUUGCCUGCCUCAGCCAAUAUAACCUCACGUUGGGCUUCGGCCACGAUCUGGGAGAAUUUGGCCAUGUCUUUGUGAAGAUCCUCAAGGCGCAGCUUGGCUUGUUUUUUGGACACACCAUGGAAAUCACGAACUUGGUUAUCCGGUUCACUGGACCUGGCAGAUGGAUUGUGCCGUCCAGCUCCCCGGCCACAUUUUUACCAAACCUCAGGCAGCUGCUGGUCGCCGACGUGCCUUCGUCCUGGGAUGUCUCAUGGCCCCGUCUCCUGCUUGAGACAGCGCCUUCCCUCCACACCUUUCAUGUCCAUGUUGCUCCCUCCUUUGAGGAGCCUGGCGAUGAGAUACCCUGGCAACCCACCAUUCUUCGGCACGAUCACUUGAAGGAGUUUAUGAUGGUUGGUUUUCAAGCAAUGGAGAGGCAGCUUUAUCUUGUCAAAUUUGUUGUGGAAGUAUGCACAGCUCUGUGUCAUGUCGCCUUGUUCAAGGAUGGGCAUGUUCGGGACAAGGGGCACUGGGACUGGGGGCUGGUGACGGAGCAAUACUCGUGGACCCAAGAGGAGAAGGCCGCCAUGCUGAACCAGAUCAUGGAUGGGGUUUCUUCCUCUUCAAUAGCACCUAGUCAACUGGUUUUCGGCUGAUAGUGUCCUCUCAUGUUUCUUCGUCAUGUGUUUCAAGCAAUCAAGCCUCCAGUCAUGCUUUCCAUAUCCCUAUUUGAUGCCAUGUAAUGUUUUGUGAUCUUCACUCAAACAAUAUGCAAUUGCAGUGCAUUCAUUGUUUUUCAAGGGAACUCUAUAGUCUAUUUGUUAAAAAAAAAUCAUAUCCACUAGGCUUCUAACAAUCUACCAUAAUGAUGCCAGGUAUGAUUAAUUCAAUCCGACUAAGAUUUGCAAAAUUAUUCUGCUUACUAUAGGAAUUGUGACAACACCAGACUGUUGGCAGAACACACCCUUAUUCCUUUACUUGCAUUAUAUUUGCAUUCUUGCAACUUCUUUUCACAAAAUAUAGCUAGUAUUGAACUGUUCAUAUGACAAGCUUCUAUCUAUCAUAAUAAUUCCUGGAAUGAUUGAAUCAAUUUGACUCUUGUUUGCAAGAUUACUCUGCUUAGAAGAGUUGCGGCAACAUUAGACUGUUUGGCAGAACACACCGUUAAUUUUUUUCUCCAGCAACCACAAAAUUAGAAAUCAUUGGCAAGCAAUCAAAUUAAAUUGGUCUGGACUAUCACUAUUAUGAUUGAAAUCUAGUUGCUGCCACCAAAGUGAGGAGCUCUCAUAAAAUGUAUGAUGUUAGUCGUUUGGUUAAAAUUUUGUAAGCUAUCUUCAGGGGAUCAUAUUCUACUUAGCAUUCUAAUAUCUUUCACCUGAGGUGGGGUCUUCUGGAUUGUGUCUCGAUACAAAGCCCAGUAAAUUCAAACGAGUGCCAUGAACCUUGAUAGGGUGCCAUGGAAGAAGGUACUUUCUCAGUGCCUUCCAUGAAUUACAUUCCCAGUUUCUACACAGACUGAACAUUUUGAUGCACUGGAUUGUUUGAAGCUAUCUUUACGCAGACCGGACAUUUUGAUGCAGAGCAUUGUUUCAAGCUUCUUUUAUUCAGACUGAACUGUAUGUUUUUAGUAACCAGUCUAUUGUCUCUGACACAUGCUAAAAGAUCUAUGUCCAAACUGCAUAUACCUGUAUGAUCUGGCCAUAUUUACAAUCAGACCUCCCUCUUUGGUGAUCAAUGGUGCGGUCAGCUAUGCAUCCAAGGAAGGAUUGUUUAUUCCCUUGUUUUUCGUAGGCAGUUUUAUAUCGUUCUUGUUACUGAGUUCUGAAUAGUAUCUUUCCCUGCAUGUCUUCGACAGGAUGUGUAAUGCUUUUUUAGAUGAAACACAUGUUUGCUUGGGUUAUAUUCAUGUAGACAAACUCAUCGAUGAAUAUUUUGUUAUUCGGUUCAAAUUUGAUGCUUUUCUCGACAUUUUCUAUUGUAUAGUUGUUCAAGUGUCAUUCUAUUGGUUCAACUUUAAUUUAGACAAGGAACUGGUUUAUCUACUUUUUAUUGGCUUGAGCCAUUGUUAUGCAACUAAGUGCUUUCUGUAAUUUCUACUAUUCGUUGGCAUCUUCUUUUCUUUAGACUGGCUGUUUUGCAUGCACUGCUGUAUUGCUCCAUCCUAAUUGUUUUUUGUUGAGCAUUGCAAACUAUUUAUGGGGCUAAAAAAAGGGGAGACCACUUCCAUGCUAUGCACUUCAGGAUUCUGUAGGGAUUCUACUUGGCAGAGUAGUAGUCGAAUUACUAUGUUUCACACAUCUAUUGCAAUUUUUCUGCUUCCUGAUUGGAAAUAAUGGCCUGGAUAUAGGCAGCGGCAGGGGAGAGGAGACCGAGGGGAGCUUUUUUCCAGGGUUUAGAGGGCCUCGGGGCCCUGGAGGGCUGAUAAGUGAUUCGAGGAUAAAUUGAAAGAUGAUGAUUAUAUGUUAACUCAAACUAGUUCGGGUUACACACACACCACUAGUUGACAUAGACCGGCUAUGAGCUGCUAAAAUGUAAGCUGCUAUGUUCCCAACUAUAUGGACCUUUACAAGCCACGCUGAUCGCUUCAUCCAUGAUUAAGCAGGCUUGAUAUCUGCCCAGCACGCGAUUGGAGACACAGUCAACCACAUACUGUCAGCCACUUUCAAGGAUAGUGGGCAUAUUAAGACUCGCCGCAAUACUACGGCGAUCUCAUGACUUCACCUUCAGCAGCAUUACUACGGCGAUCGAUUGGGCUCCAGACCGAGAGGAUUGGUUUCCCAUUCCAGUCACGAACAAUAGCGCCCCAAUGUCCAGUACCUGUUUCAGCUAGGAAAGAAGCAUCAGUGUUUAUUUUCAAGCAACCUGGUUGCGGUUUACACCACAAACAGUCUUGUUGGUUUCCAUCAUUGGCUUAUUCUCCCUAGGGAUUUGUUGGUCAAUUUUACAUUUCCCUUUCCUAUCCCAUUCUUGAGCUCCAUUUUUAGGUGGCCCUCCACCAAAUAACAUGAAGUUGGCUUCUCGUGUCUUCUUUCUGAUUUGCAAGUACGUUAAGCACCCAAUCAUGCCCGGAAUAUAUUAGCUCUUCUUCCUUGGGGAUAUCCCAGAACUCUGGCAUGGCUAGACGCAGGGCACGAUUCUUAGGACAAGACAUAACCGCAUGGUAUUCAGUUUCAGCUUCAAUAUGUGACAGGUUUCUACUGCACUAUUUAUUCUCUUGCAUUAUUUUGGACCCCUAGACCCUGGGUUGCAAGCUUCGAAGCAAACAUUAGAUGUUCAAAAUUUAUGUGACAUGUGAUUACUUAUUUUGAAUGCACGAUUUAGUGCUGUAAUUUGUGCACAAAUUAUAUACAGAAACGACUAAUUAAUAAUCUAUCACUGUUAACAAGGUACAUAAUCAUUCGAACAGCCUAACAUAAUCGACCAACAUGUACCAUCGUGUAUCAGUGUCCACUGGUUUUUUUUUUGAGCAACAUUACCGUAAGGGAAUCCCUUACGGUGUAGAUUUUCUAUUCUAUUUUAUAUCCAGGAUCUUUUACAACCCCUCAAAACAUGUCAAAUAAUGUUUCCACUGGUAUUCUGGUACACGUCAAGAAUGUUGGAAUUAAUAGCCUUCUAGAUUGUGCCCAGUUAAAUUUCAAAAAUUGGAGAGAAAUCAAUGGGCUGCGCAGGAGUUUUGUCUAAACCGCAUCUCCUUCUAUUUUUCCGCCGAGCAGUUUAUUAAUCUUAUCCACCCGCAUGAACUGCUCAUACGUUUAGCUGCCGACCUUCUCCCAUGCCUUUCCAUACACCAGCUUCUACACCCCAGGUACUGUUAGCCUAUUCAGAGUUUAAGCCUGCACUAGCUUUUAGAGUACAUUCUUUGUAUUUUCCCAUUUUGUUGGAUGUCCCUGAAGGGACACUUCGAUAUGUUUGCCUUGGUCGUGCUUUGCAUAUCAUUUGGUAAGACAGUAAGCAUUAUAUUUUUCUAUCUUUUCAGAUCAAGCUGGGGGAAUAAUGCCAUAUUUACCCUCCUCGGAGAACAGUGAAGCAGCCCAGGAUCUGCUGUUGCAACAGGCUAGUAUGGAGACAAGCGAAGUGAGGGAAUGGGGGAAGAAGGGUGAAUGGAAAGAGGAUGACGAUGAGGAGGAGGAGGGUGAAUGGAAAGAGG